AUGUUACUCGGGGGGAUUGGAGGUGGAUGGGUGGGUGAUGAAUCUGUUGGGGGUAGAAAACCAUGUCGCCGGCAUCGGCAUUGCCCAGUUGCCGCUCAGUCUUCCACGCGAACAGUCGUCUGUGUCUGACCGCGAUUCCAUUCCCCGUGACAGUUUUUAGGUUUCCCCCCAAAGAUCCCGAGCAGAUAUGCAAAUACAUUGUAGUCGGCGGACCCUCAGAUAAGAUAAGCCUGCUCUGGAGGCGAUAAGUCGGAAGAUCAAAUAGCCAGAAUUACAGAAUUCAGAAUCAGAGGUGACUGAACCCCCGAAGAUUGGAUUAAAAUGCAGGAAUCCGGCAGUUCGUCGGGUCAGGGACAGGGUCCAUCGCUGUGCCUGGAGUGGAAACAGCUGAACUACUAUGUGCCUGCCCAGGAGCAGAGCAACUAUAGCUUCUGGAACGAGUGCCGCAAAAAGCGUGAGCUACGGAUUCUUCAAGACGCUAGCGGGCACAUGAAGACCGGCGACCUCAUCGCUAUCUUGGGCGGAUCCGGCGCUGGUAAGACCACGUUGCUGGCGGCGAUUUCGCAACGGCUGCGCGGUAACCUGACCGGGGAUGUGGUUUUGAACGGCAUGGCCAUGGAACGGAAUCAGAUGACGCGCAUCUCCAGCUUUCUACCGCAGUUUGAGAUCAACGUAAAAACAUUUACGGCCUACGAGCAUCUCUAUUUUAUGUCCCAUUUCAAGAUGCACCGCCGCACCACAAAGUCGGAGAAGCGACAAAGGGUGGCGGAUCUCCUCCUGGCAGUAGGCCUACGGGAUUCCGCUCACACUCGCAUUCAGCAGCUGUCUGGCGGAGAGAGGAAGCGGCUGAGUUUGGCAGAGGAGCUGAUUACCGAUCCCAUAUUUCUGUUCUGCGAUGAGCCCACUACGGGAUUGGACAGCUUCAGUGCCUACUCGGUGAUCAAGACAUUGAGGCAUUUGUGCACGAGGCGACGCAUUGGAAAGCACUCUUUGAACCAAGUCUAUGGCGACGAUUCCUUCGAGACGCCAAGUGGUGAGAGCAGUGCCAGUGGCAGUGGAAGUAAGUCCAUCGAAAUGGAGGUCGUGGCCGAGUCCCACGAGAGUCUAUUACAGGCGAUGCGGGAGCUUCCGACAUUGAGAAUCUUGAGCAACAGCCCGAACGGAACCCACAAGAAGGCGGCCAUCUGCUCAAUCCACCAGCCCACGUCAGACAUCUUCGAGCUGUUCACCCACAUCAUACUGAUGGAUGGAGGUAGGAUAGUCUAUCAGGGACGCACUGAACAGGCGGCUAAGUUCUUUACAGAUCUGGGUUAUGAGCUUCCCUUGAAUUGCAAUCCCGCUGAUUUUUACCUAAAGACCCUAGCAGAUAAGGAAGGCAAGGAGAACGCUGGGGAAGUGGUCCGGGCGAAGUACGAACACGAGACGGACGGACUCUAUAGCGGAAGCUGGCUGCUGGCCCGCAGCUACAGCGGGGAUUACCUGAAACAUGUGCAGAACUUCAAGAAAAUACGCUGGGUAUACCAGGUAUACCUGUUAAUGGUGCGCUUCAUGACUGAAGAUGUGCGAAAUAUCAAGAGUGGCCUCAUAGCUUUCGGCUUCUUCAUGAUAACAGCUGUAACAUUAUCACUAAUGUAUUCCGGAAUCGGAGGACUUACCCAGCGGACAGUGCAGGAUGUAGGUGGCUCCAUCUUCAUGCUGAGUAAUGAGAUGAUCUUCACGUUCAGUUAUGGAGUGACUUAUAUAUUCCCCGCCGCCCUGCCCAUCAUCAGAAGGGAGGUUGGAGAGGGAACCUACAGCUUGUCUGCAUAUUAUGUGGCCCUGGUGCUCUCCUUCGUCCCAGUGGCCUUCUUCAAGGGAUAUGUCUUCCUGUCGGUGAUAUACGCAUCGAUUUACUACACGCGUGGCUUCCUUCUGUACAUGAGUAUGGGCUUCCUGAUGAGUUUAUCAGCGGUGGCUGCCGUGGGCUACGGAAUCUUUCUGUCCAGUCUUUUCGAGUCGGAUAAGAUGGCUUCCGAGUGCGCAGCUCCCUUCGAUCUAAUCUUCCUGAUUUUCGGUGGUACCUACAUGAACGUGGAUACGGUGCCAGGCUUGAAGUACCUGUCCUUGUUUUUCUACUCCAACGAGGCGCUGAUGUAUAAAUUUUGGAUUGAUAUUGAUAACAUCGACUGCCCCGUCAACGAGGAUCACCCGUGCAUCAAGACCGGCUUGGAGGUCCUGCAGCAGGGAUCCUAUCGCACAGCUGACUACACUUACUGGCUGGAUUGCUUCAGCUUGAUGGUGGUGGCCGUCAUAUUUCACCUCGUGUCUUUUGGGCUAGUGAGAAGAUACAUUAAUCGCAGCGGUUACUACUGAUUGGCGGCGCUUUUAUUAUACUAAUUUCAGUUUACAAUCUUACAGAACUUGAUUUCAGCUUAAUUCAGUUGCAUUGAGUACACACGCGGUUUAGUUAGUUAAAAUUUGUAAUUUUUAAGCACAAUUUGUUCUUAAUACAUCUAAACUUCAGUGGAAAAUAUUGCAUUCAUCAAACUUGAGUCGCAUAAAAUAAAUCCCAUAUAGAUCCUA